AUGCAAAAGCCAUUACGAAAAAAUCAUCCAGUAUUAAAAAUUAUAAAUGGGGCUUUGAUUGAUUUACCCGCACCCUCUAAUUUAUCGAUUUGAUGAAAUUUUGGGUCUUUAUUAGGUUUAUGUCUUGUAAUUCAAAUUCUAACUGGAUUAUUUUUAGCUAUACAUUAUGUUUCUCAUAUUGAGUUGGCAUUUAGAUCAGUUAUUCAUAUUAUGCGUGAUGUAAAUUAUGGUUGAAUCUUACGAGCUAUUCAUGCAAAUGGGGCUUCUUUUUUCUUUAUUUGCCUAUAUCUUCAUGUAGGUCGUGGUUUAUAUUAUAGCUCUUAUCUUUAUAUCCAUACAUGAAAUAUUGGAGUUAUUCUUUUAUUUUUAACGAUAGGUACUGCUUUCUUAGGCUACGUUUUACCAUGGGGUCAAAUAUCGUUUUGAGGAGCUACCGUAAUUACUAAUUUACUCUCAGCUAUCCCUUAUAUAGGGAAAAGAUUGGUGAAGUGGGUAUGAGGUGGAUUUGCAGUAGACAAUGCUACUCUAACUCGAUUUUUUGCUUUUCAUUUUUUAUUUCCUUUUAUAAUUGCCGCAUUAACAGUUUUACAUUUAUUAUUUCUUCAUGAAACUGGAUCUAAUAACCCAUUAGGAUUAAAUAGGGAUAACGAAAAAGUACCAUUUCAUUUUCAUUUUACUUUGAAAGAUACAGUUGGCUUUAUUUUUUUAAUAUUAGCACUUUUACUUAUUACUAUGUUUGAUCCACAAAUAUUAACUGAUCCAGAAAAUUUUAUUCCGGCAAAUCCUUUAGUCACCCCUGUUCAUAUCCAGCCAGAAUGAUAUUUUUUAUUUGCAUAUGCUAUUCUUCGUUCAAUUCCUAAUAAGUUAGGGGGAGUUAUUGCCCUUGUUGUGUCUGUAUUGGUUUUGUUUUUAACCCCAUUUUUGCAUAAAGGAGUCUUUCGUUCAUUAUGCUUUUAUCCUUUAAGUCAAAUUAUAUUUUGAAUUUUUGUUAGGAUUUUUAUUUUGUUAACUUGGAUCGGAAGAUGCCCAGUAGAGGCUCCUUAUGAACAAAUCGGUCAAAUUUUAACUAUUUUUUAUUUUUUAUAUUUUUUACUGUUACCAGUAACCCAAAAAGUAUGAGAUACUAUUUUAGAUUUUUAA